CAUUGCAGCCAUGCCUCCACCAGGUGUGUGUAUGAACAUCAUCAAUGCACGUCGCAAGAAAGACGGUUAUGGGACUGUUGUUAACCCUGAGAAGUUUCUCAACCAAGACUUCCAGCAGCUGAAACAGUACUGUCUCAUCCGGCGUGUAAGAUUUGUCGAUGAUAUGUUCCCACCUGAUAGAAACUCAAUUGGUGAAGGGCUACUGAGCCCUACUGACAUGGCUCGAGUCGUGUGGCUGAGACCGGGGAAACUUGUUCCAAAUCCAUCUUUUACUGUUGAUGGGGUUUCCAGGUUUGACUUUGGUCAAGGCCUAGUUGGUAACUGUUGGUUUCUUGCAUCUAUUGGAGCACUUACAUUCCAGACUUAUAUCUUUGAGCAAGUUGUUCCUCUUCAGCAAAGGUAUGAAGAGGACUACUGUGGCCUGUUCCACUUUAAGUUCUGGAGAUUUGGAAGAUGGGUGGAUGUUGUCAUUGACGACAAGCUACCAACAAUUGAUGGCAGACUAAUCUUCGUUCACUCCACGGACCCGACUGAGUUCUGGCCUGCUUUGCUGGAGAAAGCCUAUGCAAAAGUGUGUGGUUCCUAUGCUGACAUGAAUGCUGGAACUCCUGCUGAGGCUAUGGUGGACUUCACUGGUGGUGUUCACGUAUGUGUCCAGCUGGCAGACCCCCCCCACAAUCUGUGGGAGCUGAUGUGCAGAGCUGGUCAAUCUAAGUCACUGAUGGGUUGCGGUACACCCCAGGGGAAGACAUCUGAAAACACUGUGCUACCAAAUGGAUUGGUCCAAGGCCAUGCCUACACUGUCACUGGUGUGAAACAGGUGAUGAGCCAAGGGACACCAGUAAAUCUGGUGCGUGUAUGGAACCCCUGGGGUCAAGGGGAGUGGAAAGGAGACUGGAGUGAUAAGUCCCCUUUCUGGCAAACCGUUAGUCCUGAAGAUCGUGAGAUGUGUCUGUCUGUGGCUGAUGACGGGGAGUUUUGGAUGACCCAGGAAGACUUCUGUAGGUUUUACUCAGAUCUUGACAUCUGCUGCCUUUGUCCUGACUUCCUUGAUGGAACCUCUUCAUGCCACUGGAAAACCUCUUUCUACGAUGGCAGAUGGGUUGCAGGAACCACUGCUGGAGGAUGCAUGAAUAACCUCGAGAGCUUCUGGACUAAUCCUCAGUAUCGGGUCACAGUUGAGAAGUUAUUCGGUGAGUGUUCUGCCAAACAAGGGGAAAACAGCAUGCUUGUGUCUCUCAUGCAAAAGCCUGACAAGAGAAAUAGACGCCUGGUCCAAAAUCUACACAUUGGAUUCUCCAUAUUUAAGCUGACCAAAGAACAUGAAACAUACAAGGGGAAGUUCCCAGCCUCCUUCUUCAGCAGAAACAAAGCUGUGGCUCAAACAAAGAGCUACAUGAAUGCUCGUGAGGUGAUGGAGAUGAUGAGUCUGGAGCCUGGUGAAUACCUGAUUGUGCCAUCUACCUUCACUCCCAAUGAGACAGCAUCCUUCAUCCUGACCAUUCUCUCCAAGGCUGAGACCCACGGCAAUGAAAACUCAAGUGGCCAUGACCAUGAACAUAUGGAAGUGGAAGAGCCCAUGAAAGCAAAAAAAGAACCAGAUGAAGAAAAUAAGAGAACAUUGUUCCGUCAAUACUCUGACAAGUAUGAAGAGGUUGAUGCUGAAAAGCUCCAGACAAUUCUCAAUCAGCAAAUCCUGAAAGGAGACUUGAAAACUGGAGGCUUCAGCAUUGACGCAUGUCGCAGCAUGGUUGCUCUGAUGGAUACAUCUGUCACUGGCAAACUGAACGGGGAGGAAUUUGUCCGUUUGUGGAAGAAGAUCAGCACAUUCAAGGACAUUUUCUUUUGCACGGAUGUUUCACAAACAGGAACACUCUCACUGAGUGAGCUCCGGAAUGCAAUUACUGCUUCAGGAAAGAAGCUUAGUGAUGAGAUGCUUAAUUUGAUGGCUCUGCGUUAUGGCUCCUCUGGACACAUGACUCUGGAGAGUUUCAUCAGUCUAGUCCUGCGAUUCGACUGCAUGAACCAAAUCUUCAGCCAGCUGUCAGACGGCAUGACCUUGAAUCUUAGUGAAACAGAGUGGCUGUACCUCUCGAUGUACACUUAACCUGGCACACAGAAGAUGAUCUGCAGGAUUGAUUCCAAAGAAAGCAUUUUUUGCAUGUGCUUUUGUAUGCAAUGAUGGGGAUUUUAGAUUUUCUCCGACACUGGCUCCUCUGUUGCUGGCUGUGGUGUCUCCGCUAUCUUUUUUUUUGUUGACUAAAGUAAAGCUCUGUUUCCAAGGAAACAGGGUCAAAGAGGUGCAGACAACUGUACCUGAUGCUUUUGACAAAAUGAUCUCACACACAUUAAAGAUCAUUGCAUAUGUCAUAGAGCAGGUUAAAUAACUGACAACAUAAAGAGAGUCUUCCAGAUCGAGGUGACUUUAUUAAGAGAAUCACUUUGCUGUUUGACAUGUCAGUUUU